AUGAACGGCGCAUCCCGCAGCGCCCCAGGAGCCCGGCUGGCCCCUGCCUCCCGCCCCGCCGCUGCCCGCGCCGUCUCCAAAAGGGGAGGGACUUUGCCAACUCUCCGGCCCCUGUGCCCGGGUCAGGCACCCGCCGGGCUCCCCUGCCCCGCCCGGGACCGGCCGGCCGCGGACUCCGAGAGGGGACGAAGCAGCAGCAGCAGCUCCCGCCGCCUGCGCGCCUUUGCGGGGUGCGCUCGGGGCUCCCCGCGGCAGGAGCAGGGGACCCGCCCCCCCGCGGGACGGUGGCAGAGGAGGAGGAGGAGGAAGGCGACGGGCGCCGGCUCGGAGGUGGCUGCGCCGGUGCCCAGCGCUGGCCCCGGGACCGGGCGCUGCAUCCUCCCGCGGCUGGGCAGCAGCCGGGGGGGCCCCGCUGUGCCGGGCUCGGCCGGGCCGGCGGGGAGGCGGCGGCGGCGGCCGCGGGGAGCAUGUGCCGGCCGGGCGGCGCUGGCCGGCCCCCGGCAGCAGCAGCAGCAGCGGCGGCGCCCCAUGGGAGGUAGCCGCGGCGGGCUGGCGGGGCAGCUGGGCGGGCUGGUGCGGGCGCAGCCCCGCGCCUCCCUCGGCCUCCCCAUGCUGCUGCUCGGCACCUACUUCUUCUACUGCCUGACGGGCUCCUGCGAGCCGCUGCCGCCCGCCGCCCCCGAGCGGCCCGAGGAGCAGGCGGCGGCCGGGGGCCGGGCGGGGCCGGGCAGCCGGCGCUUCCCGCAGGCCAUCAUCGUGGGGGUGAAGAAGGGCGGCACCCGGGCGCUGCUGGAGUUCCUGCGGGCGCACCCCGCCGUGCGCGCCCUGGGCGCCGAGCCCCACUUCUUCGACCGCGGCUACGAGAAGGGGCUGCGCUGGUACAGGAACCUGAUGCCGCGGACUCUAGAGGGGCAGAUCACGAUGGAGAAAACCCCGAGUUACUUUGUGACCAAGGAGGCCCCCAAACGUAUUUACAACAUGUCCAGGGACACCAAGCUGAUUGUGGUGGUGAGGAACCCAGUCACCAGGGCCAUCUCGGACUACACACAGACACUGUCCAAAAACCCCACCAUCCCCAGCUUCCAGGCGCUGGCCUUCAAGAACGUCAGUACGGGCCUCAUCGACACCACCUGGAGUGCGGUGCGGAUCGGCAUCUACGCCAAGCACCUGGACAACUGGUUACAGUACUUCCCCCUUUCGAAAUUCCUCUUUGUCAGCGGGGAAAGACUCGUGAGUGACCCGGCUGGGGAGAUGGGCCGAGUGCAAGACUUCUUGGGUCUCAAGAGAGUCGUGACGGACAAACACUUCUAUUUCAACGAGACCAAGGGCUUCCCUUGCCUGAAGAAGCCGGAAGGAAGCAGCCGGCCCCGCUGUUUGGGGAAGUCCAAAGGGCGGCCUCAUCCAAAAAUCCAUGGGCAGGUGAUCCAGCGCCUGCAGGAGUUUUAUAGACCCUUCAACAUGAAGUUCUAUCAGAUGACUGGGCAGGACUUUGGGUGGGACUGAGAUCUCACCAGGCCAUUGGCUUUCUAAGCCACAGUGGGGAGAGGGCAGCUAGUCCCCUUAGCAGACCUACAGGGCCUUUGCACAUUGUGUACCAAGCUGCCCAGGGACUCUAGCAUAGGUGUGUCCAAGGCAAACUUUUGGAAGACAUUUCCCAUGUUCUAAUUUAUAAUGGACCUGUUCCCGGAGAGAAAUGUACACUGACUGAGUAGAGAGAAAUAUUUAAGAAAGAAAAACAAACAAACAAAACCCC